CUCAACUCGUCAUCUUCCAUCCCAUCUCAUCUCAUCCCAUGGCCCUCAUGCCUUCCAGGAUACUCGGGGCACCACCACCUCCUCCGCGCUCGCUGAAGCGUGCCCCCAGCUACCAGGCUAAUGGCGCCGAUGAAGAGGAUGACGAUGUUGACAUGGUCUUCACCCCUGUAGCCAACGGGAGAAAGCCCAUCGGAAACGCGCACGCCAUCGCUGACCUUGUGGAUGAUGCGCCGGCGCAUCUCCCUGUCGCGGGACCUUCGUCUGAGGUCGACAGCGCGGACGAGAGCAGUGACGAUGAAGACGAGGAGGACGACGAAUGGCCCGUUGCACACGUCGAGGUUCGGUUGCUCCCCCAUGCUGUCAUAACCCGCAACCACUUCGUGACGCAGGUUUCAUAUAUAUUGCAGGACCGGCUCAAGUGGGUGCAUGGGGACGAGGAGUUCGCACCUCACCUGUGGGAGGACGUCCCAAUGCUUCGGGACAACGUCGAGCGGAUCUUCAUCUCUGAGAUCGAACGACCAGGCCCAUUGAAGGGCGACGAGGUCGACUACGACGUCCAUGUGUACAAGCCCUGGAACGAGGCAGGAGAGGUGAUCCAGGGCGGCUUGGAUGAGGAUGAGGAGGAAGACUGUCCCACAGCUGCGACCAUCACGAAUCUUCCCUCUGUCCACAUGGAGGGAUUGUGGGAGAACCUGAUAUACGAGGGUGGCAUCAAAGAGAGGUUGCUGCGAUACAUAAACACGUCGCUUGUCUUCGCCGACUGCAUGGUCGACCCGAACGUUAUCUCCUCCAACCGCCUCGCCCUCAUGUACGGCCCUGCGGGCACGGGCAAGACAUCAUUGUGUCGGGCGCUCGGACAGAAGCUCGCCAUCCGUUAUCUCGACGGAAAAUACCCUCACGGCGCCAAGCUUAUCGAGAUCAAUUCUCACUCGCUGUUCUCCAAAUGGUUCAGCGAGAGUGGCAAGCUCGUGCAGAAGGUGUUUGACAAAGUGCAGGAGUAUCUUGGCGAUCCAGAAUGUCUCGUCGUAGUUAUGAUCGAUGAGGUCGAGUCGAUCGCUGUGUCUCGCGCCACAGCCAUGAUGGGAUCAGAGCCGAGCGACACUGUCCGGGUCGUCAAUGCGAUUCUUACUCAGCUUGAUCGCCUAAAGCAGAGCCCAAACGCGCUAGUGCUGGCGACAUCGAACUUGGUGGGAGGUAUUGACGCCGCUUUCGUCGACCGUGCCGAUAUCAAGCAGUAUAUCGGCCCGCCACCGCCCGAGGCGAUCUACUGGAUUUUGAAGUCCACGUUCACGGAGCUGGGCAAAAGGAGGGAAGGCAGGGACCGGUUGGCACCACACGGCGACAGGCUUCUGUGCUGGAAGGAGGCAACACCAGAGUCGCGCCAGGCCUUUGAGACACGUAAGGAGGAGCGAAUCUGGCUGGCGUCCGUCGAGUUGCGCAAGAUCGCCGUGCGGUGUCACGCUCUAGGCGCGAGCGGCCGAUUCCUAAGGCGCCUGCCCAAGCUGGCGCACGUGCGGCUGGGGAGGCCGUCUGCGCGCCUCGCGCAGUGGAUGGAGGCGUUCGCGGCCGAGGUCGAGGCGGAGGCUGAGGGACGCGAGCUUAUCGCACAGGGCGAGGGCCGAUAUGAGGGCAAGCGCCAGCGGGGCGAGUAGGCCGCUGUCUGUUGUGUACUAUCAUCACAACCACAUACUUGUACAAAUGCAUCUAGCAUCCUCAAC